CAUUUACGAGUUGCGAAAUAGCAAUGGUGUGAUAAUUGUAAAAAGUGAGCACAAUUUAGUAUGGAAAACUAAUUUUUAAAUUCGGAAUAAAUUAUUAACGUCUUCACUAUAAAAUGCUACAAAAAUAACCAGUGAAAAAAGUUAUAUAUAAUAUACACCACAAUAUAAAUCGCUAACUUAAAACAUACAAAAAUGCAGUCUCAUCAAGAUAAUUUCGGCACGGAAGCCCUAAAGAAUCGCGGGCAUCGACGUUCUGAUACUUUAGGAAAAUCUAUGCCAAUAACAUCACUACUCCUCAAUUAUACACCGUCUAGAUUACAAAUAACGGAUAAUAUACGUAGCGAUGCCGGCAUAGGUAAUAUCUCGCCAACACAACAAGAGCUACCGCCCUUGUACUUUCCCAUACAUGAAAACUCACCCAAUCGUGAUGUUGAAAAUUUGAAAAAUUCCUCAGAGCAGCAGCUACUAAAUUUGGAUACUGACGAUGAAGUGGAAAUUUUAGAACAGGACUAUGAAAUCUUAGUAUCGGAAUGCAGCAGCAGCAAUGGUGAUUGUGAUCAAGAAGGAGAUCGUCGAAAGUCCAACUCAGAGGAAUAUAUUUCUCUCAUAGGAAAUUCUAAAUUUUAUACACCCUGCUUGACCUGUGUUGGCUCAGCACCCACUGAAUUGACCGCCCGGCCAAGUGCUAUAAAUGAAAUGUGCAGACGUUUAUGUACCGAAGAAUGCCGUUUGCGCCUAAGUUUGGCAGGCUUGGUUACACCAUCUGAGAGGAUUUUAAAUAAUCAAGAAUUGUUGAGUGAAUAUGUAAAGAGUUCUAUGGAGAAGCCUAUUGAUGAAAUUUAUGAUACACCUCCACAAUUACCUCCUCGACCGGUAAGGAGUGUAGAUAAAGAGGAAAUGUUACCAUUGGCUACUAAACCACCAGCACUGCCCUUAAGACCUCCCGGUAAUAUAGCCAUACAGCGUAAGAAAUUUCUUACCGACAUUUUAAUGCAAAAUGCCAACAUGAGCAGCGAUGAUGAGGAUUUGGAUAAGCAACAACCACCUAAGGAAUUGCUGGACAUAGUGACCAGUAUAGUUGUGCCACCAGCAUCACCAUUAAACAAAUUAUCACCUAAUGUCGACGAUGCAGGAGAAACGCAUACAAACAUACAAAUUGAUCCACACGAAUUGAAAAUGCUCAAGGAUUUUCGUGAGAAAUUUGAAAUUGCGGAAGCACUUGCCAAGACCUCGGCAAUGACCUCAACAUCAAAAAUAAAACAACGUCUGGCCGCUCGUAAACUGGAAAUUGAAAUGGAGAAUGCUAAAGCAAUAGCGGCGGCAACAAAACAUGAAAAUAAAUCUGAGAAUACACAUGCAUCCACCAUCAGCACCACCACCUUGUCUGCCGGAGGAGUAGAUGACAACGGCAAACAACAAACUGGUCUAGACGGCAACGAUGUUGGCGUUAAAUGUAAUGAUGAUGAUGACGAUGAUAAUAAUGGCAAAGACGAUGUGCAAGGUGUGCCCGAUGCCGUUACAACACAAAAUUUGACUCACAAAACUCUAGACACUGUGUCUCCGUACUACGAUAAUGACUAUGAACCACCACGCGAAUUACUACUCUACCUUGUAAGAAUGGGUUCAUUUAAUUCGGCCCCAAAAAUAAAUAAUUCCGAUUCGCAAGAUGAUAGUCUAGUGAUACCCAAAGGUCUAAGCACUCCAGAGCUUCUGCAACAUUGCAAACAUUUACGUGGUGAGAAUCAGCCGCCGCUACUAACACGUUUCUUUUUGAAACCCUUGUCUACACUUUCUGCUCAAAUGGUUUCAUCAGAUUUAACAGAUGGUUUGCGUUGUCUCAAAUUAGAUACUGUAUCUCGAGUAUGCAGUGCCCCCAUAUCGGAUCCAAAUCAUAUACGUUUGUUGCAAUGGAAUCUUUUAUCACAAACUCUUGGUCAAAAUAAUGAUGGCUUUGUGCGAUGUCCCGAAGAGGCUUUAACUUGGGAAAAUCGUAAAUUCCUAAUAGUACAAGAAAUUUUACAAAAUAAUCCCGAUAUAAUAUGCUUACAGGAAGUGGACCAUUACAAAUUCCUUCAAAAUAUUUUGGGUACACAAAACUACGAAGGCAUUUUCUUUCCUAAACCUGACUCACCUUGUCUCUAUAUUGAAGAGAAUAAUGGACCCGAUGGCUGUGCCAUUUUCUAUAAACGCGAUAAAUUUGAAUUGAAGAAUUUCGACACACGCAUUUUAGAAGUUUGGCGUGUUCAAAGUAAUCAGGUAGCCAUAGCGGCCAAUUUGAAGAUUAAAGCAACUGGUCGUGAAAUUUGCGUAUGCACUACACAUCUUAAGGCUCGUCAUGGUUCAUUACUUUCGAAACUUCGCAAUGAACAAGGUCGUGAUUUGAUACGUUUCGUUAAACAAUUUGCUGGUGAUCGUGCUGUACUGUUGUGUGGGGACUUUAAUGCUGAACCCAUCGAACCUGUUUAUUCUACCAUUUUGAAUUGUGAAUUUUUGAAAUUAUCCAGUGCCUAUUCGGAUAUACGAGCUGAAAGUGAUGAAUGCAAUAAUGAGAAUAUCACCAAGGAUAAAUUAGACAAUUGCGAUAAAGUGCAAAAGUCCAUACAAAAUGAGCCGCCAUACACCACCUGGAAAAUACGUGAAGAUGGCGAAGUAUGUCAUACAAUAGAUUAUGUUUUCUAUACCAAGGACAAUUUGAAGGUAAAAAAAUUGUUUAGAAUUCCCACAAGGUGAUGAAAUUGGUAAAAAUCGCACACCCAGCUUCCAGUAUCCCUCGGAUCAUUUCUCUUUGAUUUGUGAUUUUGAAGUUAUAGAUCAGCAGCCUAACGAUGCCUCAGAGGAGAAAAGUAAAACUCAAUGAGUUGUAGAGAAGAGUGAAUUAAAUUUUUUUACGUUUUAAGUUUAAAACAAAGGGAAUGAAAGAAUCGAAGUAGAAUAAGGAUUUUAUGUUUAUUUGAUUUUUAUUUUCGACUACAUCACAUACUUUACUUACUACCGCAAACAAUAAUACAAAGACACCCUACAUAAAUACAAACCGUCAAACACAAACAUACAUCCACACAGAUGCAGAUUCACUCUUACAAAUUGUGAUAUUAGUUUUUAGUUACAUACCUAUUCACAUACAUAUUUACUACAUAAUUGAUACAUUGAAACAAGUACAUAUGGCUACA